AUGGUUUGCUCGGCUGCCCCUGUGCUACUCCUGGCCAUGACUCUCCCUCUGGUGAGGUCACCACUUGCCCGAGAGUCCCAGCCUGGCCAGGGUCAGGCUGGAGGGGAAUCAGGGCAGCAAUUGGACCAAGAAAGUGGAGCAGGUGAAUCGGUCCCGGUCUCCAUCUAUGUACAGCUGUACUUUUCAAGUGAGCGCCGGCCGGCGGCACUCUCCAGCCCCCUGACUCUCCCCGCCGCCUCGGCUUCCUCUGCCCCAGUAACUCUCACCGGCCUCAGCCUCACAGCAGAGUGCAGUGUCUCCCACAAGGGGUGUAGCUACUGUGCGUGCCUCUCUGGGUACCAGUGGAACGCCAGCGUCUGCUCCCAUCACCGUCCCUGCCAAACCCCCCUCAAGCACCGGCCUUGUGGCUGCCUUGUCUUCGGCCCUGCUGAAGCCGGGUACUGCCAGCUGCUGCCACCUGGAAAGCUUAGCUGCCUUGAGGGCCACAAGUUCCUGCCCCGGGGGUCCUAUCUUUUGCCUCCUGCAGUCCCCGCGGCCCUGAGCCUCAACUCCUGGCUGCACACGCCUGGCGACACCCUGAACCUGACCCGCCUCACAAGCCAGGAGACCACCAACCUGAACUGGUUCCUGUGGCCCACAGGGAGCCCCAGCCCCAUCCUCCUGCGGGCAGGGACACGUGUGUCCUUGACCUCCAGCCGGGACCGGGCUGUCCUCAGCAUUGUCAACAUCUCCCAUAAAUGGGCAGGUGAGUACAUAUGCUGCUUUGAGGCCCGGGGAUUCAGGUGGGAGCUGCACCAGAUGGUGAGGGUGCCCCUGCAGGUGACAGACGUGGCUGGGCUCCCAGACCAGCUCUCCAUCUCCUGUGCCACCUCCCCUGGCUUCCAGCUGAGCUGCUGCAUCCCCAGUGCCCACCUGGGCUACACGGCUUCCUGGAGCCCCAGAGAUGGCAACGAAGCCUCCUUAUUCAACACGCCGGACUCCCAGUGCCUUGUGCUGGCUGUUCAGCGCUGCCCUGCAGCCGACACUACGUACACUUGUGACCUGCAGAGCCCGGGACUGAGCCCUCUCAGGGCUGCCGUCUCUGUCACCGUCAUUCAGGAUGGAGACACCACCUGCCCUGAGGACUCUUCAGCUGUUGCCUGGAACGUCACCAAGGCUGGCCAUGUGGCCCAGGCCCCGUGCCCCAGGAAGAGGAGGGGCAUGGUGAAGAGGCCUUGUAGGCCUGAGGGGGUCUGGGGGCCCAUCCACAGCAGCUGCACGGACACGGGGCUCCUGGCCUUGCUUCUUAGAGCCCAGCUGCUGAGGGCAGGCCCGGGCUGGCCUGUGGACAAAGUGCCACAGAUCUGGGCUCAGCUGCCGGAGCAGGCAGUGGUGGUGACCUCACCCACCGACUUAUUGGCACUGGUGGGCACCAUGACAAUCCUGGCCAAGGUGGUGGCAGAUGUCAGAAUACAGCUCAACGGCAGUGCCCUGGAGGCGCUCCUGAAAACCACAGACAAGGUCCUUGACAUGGACUCCAGUUCUCUGUGGACCCCGGCCUGGGCCCAGAAGCCCUCGGUGGGCUCCAAUCUCCUGCUGGCUGUGGAGACCCUGGCACUCAGCCUGUGCCCACAGGAUCAGCCCUUCUCCUUCGUCUUGCCCAACGUGCAGCUGCAGAGCCAGCUCCUCAGGCCCACAUUUCCUGCCGACUACAGAGUCUCCUUCCCUACUCAGCCCCCGCUGCAGGCGCAGAUUCCCAGGCACUCACUGGCCCCACUGGGCCAUAAUGGAACCAACGUCAGUGUUACUAGCCUGGUGCUGCGAAAACUGGACCACCUUCUGCCCUCGAACUAUGGACAAGGGCUGGGGGACUCCAUCUACGCCACUCCUGGGCUGGUCCUCGCCAUCUCCAUCAUGGCAGGUGGCCAGGUCUUCAACCAGGGAGAGGUCAUCAUGGACUUUGGGGACACAGAUGGCAGUCCCCACUGUGUCUUCUGGGACCAUGAUCCCUUCCAGGGCAAGGGAGGCUGGUCUGAGGCAGGGUGCCAGGUGCAGGCAGCCAGUGCCAGCCCCACCACUCAGUGUAUCUGCCGGCACAUCACUGCCUUCUCCAUCCUCAUGUCUGGACACACGGUUCCAAAAGACCCCACCCUGGAGAUGCUGAGUCAGGUGGGCUUGGGGGCCUCCAUUCUGGCACUGCUCGUGUGCCUGGGCAUGUACAGGCUGGUGUGGAGAUUCGUGGUGCAGAACAAAGUUGCCUAUUUACGCCACAUGGCCCUGCUCGACAUGGUGCUCUGCCUGCUGGCCGCAGACACCUGCUUCCUAGGAGCCCCACUGCUUCCUCCAGGACCCCACAGUCCGCUCUGCCUGGCCGCUGCCUUCCUCUGUCAUUUCCUCUACCUGGCCACCUUUUUCUGGAUGCUGGCUCAGGCCCUGAUGUUGGCCCACCAGCUGCUCUUCGUCUUCCAUCAGCUGUCCAAGCACCGAGGAUUCUCCCUGAUGGUGUUCCUUGGCUAUCUGUGCCCGAUGGGGUUUGCAGGUGUCGCCCUGGGCCUCUACUUACCCCGAGGGCAAUACCUGGGGGAGGGGGCAUGCUGGUUGGACAAGAAGGGAGGAGCGCUCUACACCCUCGUGGGUCCAGUGCUGGCCAUCGUGGGCGUGAACGGGCUGGCCGUGGCUGUGCUGAAGCUGCUGAGACCUUCGCUGUCAGAGGGACCCCAGGUGGAGAAGCACCAAGCCCUCCUGGGGGUGAUCAAAGCUCUGCUCGUUCUCACACCCAUCUUUGGCCUCACCUGGGGGCUGGGCCUGGCCACUCUGCUAGAGGAAGUCUCCAUAGUCCCUCACUACGUCUUCACAGUUCUCAACACCUCCCAGGGUGUCUUCAUCUUAUUGUCUGGUUGCCUCACAGACAGGAAGGUGCAAGAGGCAUUACGCAAACACUUCUGCUGCACCCAGCCCCCCAGCUCCCUGGUGAGUUGCUGGCUUCAAAUUCUCACUUCUCCCCGCUGAGAGCUGGUCAGAAGUAGAUGUUCCAUAGCCUUCCCCAGAGGAGAUGGGCACAGCUAGAAGCCAAGAGAAGACUGGGGUUUUAGGGCAAGCUCUCCAACAACAGAGAAAGCACCCCAGGCAGAGGACACAUUCAGGUUCUUGGGCUCCUGAUUAUAACCUGGACUUCUUGUGACUCUGGAUUGUCCCUUGUUUCUCCCUGAAAAUCUGCCUCCAGUUAGCAUUUGAAGGGAAAAGGUAGGAUCGGAAUGCAUGGGAGUCACUGUAGCUGGGAGCGAAGUUCCUAGGAUUUUUGCUGCCCAGGCAGGAGGGCAGGUGAAAAUGUAAAAAUGGAUACAACCUCGUCAAAGGAGAGCUGGCAAUAAUAAUAAUUGCCUUGCAGUUGGGCCUUUCCACCCCUUCCUAGGCCACAAAUGAAACCUACAUCCCAGAACACAGCAAAGGAGGAAGUUAAGAUGCCAGGUGAGAAAGAAGCGUUCUCGGAAGCAGUGUGAGCAGCGUGGGGUGAGGCCGAGUGUACAAAGCGCUUUCCAGCAAAGCUCUAAAAAGAAAACUCCUCUUCAUAUACCUGUCCCAACCUAAAGGGUGGAAAAAAGACUUCUCCAAGUAGACAUUUCUAGAGGGGCUGAAGAAGGUGGAGGCCUCAGAAAGCAGAUGGUGUAGCUCCCACUGCUUUUCCCAGAAAGCUGAAGGGAGUGUCACCACCACCAACCCUUGACUCAGUUCACUCUGAAAACUCCUUUUCACACUAUCGAAUUUUUAAUUACUCUGAAAAACCAUUGUUUUGAAGGAACUGCCAUUGGUGGGUCUGGUGUCCAGAGGAGAGGGUAGCUUGCAGACGCUUUAGGGCGAGGCUUUAGGGCGAGCUCUUUCACGGGGAAGACAGAAGCUCUGAGUGACCCACAGGCAGAGCCGUGUUCCUUCAAGGGUGUCGAGGGUGUGUCCUUGAAUCCAGGGAUGGGUCCUGGCCAAUCCUCUGAACCCUUUCCGCCUCCCAGAGCUCAGCCCUUGGGAAAGAUAGGCUUCUGUUUUCAUUAGUCACGCUCAUCUCUCUGGCAGCUUACCUGUUCCCCACCUGUGACUAUCCAAGCAAGAAAAGUAUGAAAAACUAGCUAAAGCUACCUAAUGAAUAAGGCUGCCUUUGCUGUAAAAAUAAUCAACAGAUAUCAAAGUUCAAAAUAAUUACAAGUAAAACUGUCUCAACCAGUUUUUAACUAAUCAACAGUUCAUGUUACAGAUGUAUUUGAUAAAAAUGAUCUUAUUUUAACUAUUCAGUGAUUUCUUGUCUGAUUAUUUCUUCUCUAUAGCUACAAAGAAAGGAUGGCUUAAUUGACAGGAACUCUGAUCUUCUAAACAUUGGAGGCCAAGGGGAGAAUUUGGUUCAUUUCUUUUCAAAAGUUAGAAAAAGGUGAAGUUAAUAGGUCCCUCUUUCUUUAAUCUCUAUAAAAUACAUUACUAUAAAAUGUAAGUUUCAUAGACGUAUGCAUGCAUACAAAAAGUCACUGAUAAGAGCACAUUUGUAAGAAUGCGGUAUAAAUUUUAAAGUAGAGAGAAAGAUAACACAGACUGCCAAGAAUUAAGGAGAAAAGAUGACAAACACUGACAUUUAAAAAAUGACAGGAUCAAGCUAAGACUAGAUACAGAGAAGAAAUAUUUAAGAAAAGCCUUUAGAGGACACCAAGAUAUCUAGCUGAAUUAUCUUACGGAAUCCACAAGAGGAUGCUGACAGGACUCUAAAAAUUUUUUAAACUAAAUAAAUGAAAAAAAUCUGACGAAUGUUUGUUAAUUUAAAAAUUCAUGGAUAUUUUUAUAAAGUGGAAUGAGGAUGUUUUCUUUCGAAAUAAAAAAGUGAUAUGCUAACUACAUGCCAUUGAAAAUAUUUUUCUUACAUACACUAUAUCUCCACUUAAGGAUUUGUGUGAAUAUUUUAAUUGUGUAUAAACCAGCUCAAGUAUUUCUCUAAAUGGAUUCAAUCAUGCUUUCAAAUAGAACAUACCAACUCACCAGGACCACUGCAAUGUCUCUGUGCCUCAUACUUGUUCCAGCCCUCACAGGAAGCAGCAGCUACUGGAAUCCCGUGGGGGCUUUGCC